CGCGCGUGUGCGUACGAGUGUCUGUUGUUUCCUAGACUCGUUACCCGUAGUCGUCUCCACUUCUUUUCCUCGUUAAUGUUUUGCGUUUCAACAUUUAUCUCUGCAUGGUUUUGUCGUUAUCACCGUUUAUUACUGCAACAUAAUUAUUCUCUGCUCGUCUCCACUCGGCAGUGUUCUUUCGGCUCGCUCGUCGUCUGCUCACUGAUGCAAUCACAAAUUCACAAUCGCGACAACAACAACAACAUUACUCUUUGUCCUCUGUUGUUCCGUAAGACAAUCCCAUAAGUUUUUACCCGUAUCAAAAGCGUGCUUCGAUUUCGUCUUCCACCGCACGACACUGCACCGUUCUAGUGACUUAAGCUGGAAGUCAAGAUUAUGACAUAUUGUUCAGAUAUGUGUUCCAAUUGCCAGUCAAAUAUUGUUUGUGGUGAUUUUCUGUAACAAACGGCCAUAAAAUAGUUGAAUAUCAGAUGCUGUAUAAUAAUAUUCAAACAUGUUAGAAAAGGCAAGGGCAUUUAUUGCCUUAAUUGCCUUUGUCACUACAAUAAGAUGCGAUAUAAACAUAUAUACUAAAGAUCAGCAACAGUUGGAUAUAGAGUUUAAAGAUGCAGAGUCUCUUUUUGGACCAGGCAUUCCAAAUGAUGGCAUUAAAGGUUAUAUUGUAAAUGCUAUUCCUGAAGAUGGCUGUUCUAAGAUAAAACCACCUCCGCUUAAAAUUGGAAGUUGUUUUGCUUUGAUCAAAAGAGGAAAUUGUAAUUUUGAUGUAAAAGUUCGUAAUGCUCAAAAUAGUAAUUAUUCAUUGGCUAUUGUGUACAAUGUCAACUCGAGUAUUAUUUUACCAAUGGAUGGUUCAAAUGUUAGUGAUAUAAAUAUUCCAUCGGUUUUUGUCGGAGAAAACACUGGCCAUGGAUUGAAGGAUUACUAUUUAUAUACUAAUGGCUUUUUUGUGAUCAUUGACAACAAUCAAUUCCCCUUCGAUAUAAACUUGAAUUUAUUAUUGCCAUUCGCUGUUACUGUUGCUGUUUGUUUCUUCAUAAUGCUUGGGUUUAUGCUAGUCAAAUGGAUAAAAGAUCGAAGAAGAGCAUUUAGACAUAGAUUACCUACGUCAACUCUUCGUAAAAUUCCUAUUUCAACAUUUGUGAAAGGUGAUCCAUAUGAUACUUGUGCCAUAUGUUUAGAUGAUUAUAUGGAAGGUGAUAAAUUAAGAAUUUUGCCAUGUGCUCAUGCAUAUCAUUGUAAGUGCAUUGAUCCUUGGUUAACAUGUAACCGACGAUUUUGUCCUAUUUGUAAACGUCGAGUUUAUGGAAACAAUGAAGAUUUACAUGCUGUGGCAUAUUCCUCAGACACUGAUAGUGAUGAACCCAAUGAUAGAACACCACUAGUUCCGUCCCGUAUUAACAACUCAAAUUCUUUGGGUGUUGGUACAUUCCGUAGUUUCAGAGGACGUGUGUUCACUCGUGGGAGAUCUGCUAAUACUGUUCCUGUGCAUCCACCAGUCUUAUCGUCGAUCAAUGUAGCAAGUGCUGAUUAUGAUACAGCAUCAUCACAAACAGAUUCAUCAGAUUCUAUGUCAUCAGAUUUUCAAAACGUUUAUGAUCCACCAGUACAUCGAUCACACUCAAAUUCAGCAGAUAAUUCAUCUCAAGUAAUAAUGAACAAUGCAGAACCUAGUGGAACAAAUAUACAAAAUCAUAUUGUAUGAUAAUUUUAUCAACAAAAGCCUGGAAGUUAGAUUUCUUGUUAUUAGGCUUUUUAUUAUUACCUGCUUUUAAAUAAUAACAAAGUAUGAUUCAUUCAUCAAAUGUGUAAAACAUUGAUUUUUAUAA